AUGAGGUCCGCAGCCGUUUUUGCAGUCGCCGUUGCCGGCGUAGUGUCCCGGUUCCCGACUCUUGGCGAAGCGGUGCGCAUCAGAGGCUGGUCGAGCAUGGCUUCCGAUAAGCCCGCCGGGGUGGCCUUCGUUGAGGCAGGCGCCAGAUUCGGACAAGAGUACGAGGAGAUUGAUGUGCAUACUGGCUUAGAUGGUUCCUUCUUCCUUUCCAUUAACGGCGCCGCAGCUCCGGAUCGUGAGCCGGAAGUCCCCGAAGAGGUUCCGGAAACCCCUGAACAGGUUCCGGAAGUCCCCGAACAGGUUCCGGAAACCCCUGAACAGGUUCCGGAAACCCCUGAACAGGUUCCGGAAACCCCUGAACAGGUUCCGGAAACCCCUGAACAGGUUCCGGAAGAACAGGUUCCGGAAACCCCUGAACAGGUUCCAGAAGUUCCUGAACCUGAACCUGAGGAACAUGAGCCCAGCCAGCCGGAGGCCCCAGUGUUUGAAACUGUCACACUCCCUCCCCGUUCGGAGGAGACUGACCAGCGAUACGUCUGCAUCCGCAGGGGCUACGCUUCAGCAGCCUGGGCCACGACUGAACAACAGAAUGUCACUCUCGACGCUUGCAUGCGAGCCUGCCAAGCUGAAGACUCGUGCACCCACUACACCUUCGAUGCUGAGACCAAGCACUGCAAGCUCCAAAGUGGAGAACCUGUGUUCCAGGAAACUGCGCACGUUGUCACUGGAGCUCGCACCUGCGAUGACAGCUGCUAUCAGCGGAAUGUUGACUACGCGGGCGCACCGGAUGUAGGUAGCCCGAUCAACACACCCUUCGUCGUCGACUGCCAAGUUGCAUGCACCGCCAGCAGCAUUUGUGCGGCUUUCGUCUACAAAACCGCCGAAAACACAUGCCACUUCAAGGGACCUGGCUAUGAGGUUCACCGCGCGGAGGCUAACGGUACCGUUGUCGGCAAGAAGAGGUUCUGUGUUUAA